ACACAACUAAUUGCUAAAGAUAAUUAUGAAAUUUUAGAGUGGAUACCAUAUAAUAAACUUUCAAGUAUUAAUUAUCAUGAUCAAGGUGGAUUUGGUGAAAUUCAUAAAGCUAUCUGGUUAGAUGGACCUAUUUAUGGUUGGAACAAUGGGAUAGACAAAUGGGAAAUGAGCCAAUAUCCAAAUAAAAAUUAUAUAAUGGUAAUGAAUAAUUAUAAUGAGUUAUUUAUUAAUGAUUUUGGAUUAUGUAAACCCAUAAGUGAUAUACAAGAUUCUGAUAAUGAUAAUGAACCUUAUGGAGUUUUGCCUUAUAUGGCGCCUGAAAUAUUAAGAAAAAAUCCAUGUACACCAGCAAGUGAAAUUUAUAGUUUUUCAAUGAUUAUGUGGGAAUUUACAUCAG